GCAUAAUUCUCAAAGCUUCCAGAUGGAGUAUAAUGGGAACCGAUAGCACAAAAUCGAUUCAAUUCUUCUUCUUCAUCAUCGUCUUUCUCUGUAGUUGAUUUAGUGACUGGCGAUGGCAGCUUCUAGAAGCUCAACCAUGGCGCGGCUUCGGGCGGCAGCUGCAGCACUCCGUGUGUCGCGCGCCGCUGGCUCUCAAAUUUCCCCGGCUCCGACGCUAUCCACCGCCUGCCAAUCGGCGCGCUCGGCGACCGCUGCUUUUCUUGUCUCUCCUCGUGCGGAUAGUGAGAAUGGAUUCUCCUGUGCUCAGACGCGUCCGUUAUCUACUACAUGCCGCACUCGCUUCAUUUCGAGCCCUCGCCUCGCUCGCUCUUACUCUACUUCUGCUGCUAGCAGCCAGAUUAGUAACUCAGAGUUCACUGAGAUGGCUUGGGAUGGAAUUGUGGGGGCUGUUGAUGCUGCUAGAGACAGCAAGCAUCAAGUUGUAGAAACCGAGCAUCUCAUGAAAGCUCUUUUGGAGCAAAAGGAUGGGCUAGCAAGGAGAAUCUUCACCAAGGCAGGAGUUGACAACACCUCACUUUUGCAGUCUACUGAUAAUUUCAUAUCCCAACAACCAAAGGUUUCAGGUGACACAACAGGGCCUAUUGUUGGAUCACAUUUUGCUUCUUUGCUAGACAAUGCACGAAAGUUUAAAAAAGAAAUGGGUGAUUCUUUUGUAUCCGUCGAGCAUCUUGUAUUGUCAUUUACAUCAGAUAAGAGAUUUGGGCAACAGCUGUUUAAAAAUCUUCAACUAAGUGAGCAAACUUUGAAGGAUGCUGUCCAAGCUGUUCGUGGAAGUCAAAGAGUAACUGACCAAAAUCCCGAAGGAAAAUAUGAGGCACUUGACAAAUAUGGGAGUGACUUAACUGAACUUGCCAGACGUGGAAAAUUGGACCCUGUUAUAGGACGUGAUGAUGAAAUAAGGCGGUGCAUUCAAAUUUUAUCCCGUAGGACAAAGAACAACCCUGUUAUAAUUGGGGAACCUGGAGUUGGGAAAACUGCUAUUGCUGAAGGGUUAGCUCAAAGAAUUGUUCGUGGAGAUGUUCCUGAGCCUCUACUAAAUCGAAAGCUAAUUUCUCUGGAUAUGGGUUCUUUGCUUGCUGGUGCAAAGUAUCGUGGAGAUUUUGAAGAAAGGCUGAAAGCAGUUUUAAAGGAAGUCACUGCUUCGAAUGGACAGAUAAUAUUGUUUAUUGAUGAAAUUCACACUGUUGUUGGUGCAGGGGCUACAGGGGGUGCUAUGGAUGCUGGAAAUUUGUUGAAACCCAUGCUUGGCCGUGGGGAACUCCGAUGCAUAGGGGCGACCACACUUAAUGAAUACAGGAAAUACAUAGAAAAGGACCCUGCAUUGGAACGUAGAUUUCAACAAGUAUUCUGUGGGCAGCCUUCUGUUGAAGACACAAUAUCAAUUUUGCGCGGAUUGCGUGAACGUUAUGAGCUGCAUCAUGGGGUGAAAAUAUCAGACAGUGCAUUAGUUUCAGCAGCAAUUCUUUCCGAUAGAUACAUAACUGGACGUUUUCUACCAGACAAAGCCAUUGAUCUUGUUGAUGAAGCUGCUGCCAAAUUGAAAAUGGAGAUCACAUCCAAACCGACAGAGUUGGACGAGAUUGACAGAGCAGUACUUAAGCUGGAGAUGGAAAAGCUCUCUCUUAAAAACGACAGCGCUAAAGCAUCUAAAGACCGGUUGAGCAAGUUGGAACAUGAUUUAGGAGCUCUUAAACAAAAGCAAAGAGAGCUAAACGAGCAAUGGGAAAAUGAGAAAAUUUUCAUGAACCGAGUCCGAUCUAUCAAAGAAGAGAUUGACAGAGUUAACCUUGAGAUGGAAGCCGCCGAGCGUGAAUACAAUCUUAACCGUGCUGCUGAAUUAAAAUAUGGCACACUCAUGUCCCUCCAACGCCAACUUGAAGAAGCUGAAAAGAGCCUUGUUGAUUAUCGCAAAUCUGGAAAGUCAUUGUUACGGGAGGAAGUUACGGAUCUUGAUAUUGCUGAAAUAGUAAGCCGAUGGACAGGCAUCCCACUGUCUAAUCUGCAGCAAACAGAGCGGGAGAAGCUUGUCAUGUUGGAGAAGGUACUUCAUGAAAGGGUUGUUGGGCAGGACAUGGCAGUCAAAUCAGUAGCUGAUGCAAUACGUCGUUCAAGGGCAGGCCUUUCCGACCCAAACCGCCCAAUUGCAAGCUUUAUGUUUAUGGGUCCUACCGGUGUUGGUAAAACCGAGCUUGCAAAAGCUCUUGCGGGUUACCUCUUCAACACUGAGAAUGCACUUGUGCGAAUUGAUAUGAGUGAAUACAUGGAGAAACAUGCAGUUUCUCGACUGGUUGGUGCACCACCAGGAUAUGUUGGGUACGAAGAGGGUGGACAGCUUACAGAAGUAGUGAGGCGUAGACCAUAUUCUGUUGUUCUGUUCGAUGAAAUCGAGAAAGCUCAUCAUGAUGUUUUCAACAUCCUUCUACAGCUGUUGGAUGAUGGAAGGAUUACGGAUUCUCAAGGAAGGACAGUUAGUUUUACCAAUACCGUGCUUAUAAUGACAUCCAAUAUUGGAUCUCAUUAUAUUCUUGAAACUUUGAGGAAUGCACAGGAUAGCAGCGAGGAUGCUGUUUAUAAUUUGAUGAAAAGGCAGGUGGUUGAUCUUGCAAGACAAACUUUCCGACCGGAGUUUAUGAAUCGGAUUGAUGAAUACAUUGUUUUCCAGCCUCUUGACUCCAAACAAAUCAAGAAAAUUGUUGAAAUUCAGCUACAUCGAGUUAAAGAAAGGCUGAAACAGAAGAACAUAAACUUUCAAUACACGGAGGAAGCCAUUGAACUGCUGGCCACAUUGGGCUUCGACCCUAACUUUGGAGCCAGACCUGUAAAGCGGGUGAUACAACAGAUGGUGGAGAAUGAGGUUGCAAUGGGAAUCUUAAGAGGUGAAAUUUCUGAAGAAGAUUCAGUUGUCCUCGACAGGACAGCAGGCACCAAAGAUGCACCAUCACAAAACCAAUUGUGCAUCAAAAAGUUGGAAAAUCCAGCAGUUAGCGACAUGGUCGCGAACAACUAGUAUUUACUUCAUAGACCGGACAUGCACGACUGAGUUACCUUGACCCGAGGAAUUUUCGACGUGCUCACGUUACACAAGCAAGCACCAGAUCAAAUCAGGUCAGGUGUAUGUAUGAAUCUAGAGAAUGAGAUAAAUGGCAUUUGAUUUUAGUUUUUUGACCUCCUAUGAUAUGAUAAUAGAUUCCCUAAAUCAAUUUUGGUAUGAUAUGGGUACGGUUGUUUGUGAUUUGGCAGUGGGUGGGAUGUAUCAUGGUCAAUGCAUGUUCCAUACCAUUUGAUUAGGGAAUUUUAUUUUAGCCUUA